GGAUCUAUAUAUGAAUGGUGGGCUCGACGGCCACACCAUGCUGGACCUGUCCCUGAUUGGCUCGAUGCACCGCAGGAAUAAACACUCUCAGGGUAUAUAUAUUGCAGUAAGGUUUGACACUUCCAAGAAACAAGAGACCCUUUCUUACAGAGCCUGAUAAGGGAGGUGUUGCGGUGAAACCAUAGAUUGUUACUUCAGACUGAGACAUAGAGUUUUAGGAUGAGGGCGCAGAUCCAAAAGGUGCCUCAGAUUGUUGAGUUGCUGAGGAAGAAGUCUGUGGGGCUGCAGCACUUCAAGCCAACAUCCUCAGUGUGCGUCUUGGAGGAGAAGGAUGCUGUGGAGGCUGCGCAGUGCCCUUACGCUGCCACUAAAGCGCAAAGUUUGGACGCGAUUCCUGGACCCACCAACUGGCCCCUGGUCGGGAGUCUUUUCCAGCUCCUGCGAAAAGGAGGACUGACCAGACAACAUGAGGCACUGAUUGAUUACCACAAACAAUUUGGCAAGAUCUUCCGGAUGAAGCUCGGCUCUUUUGAGUCAGUGCACAUUGGCGCACCUUGCUUGCUGGAGGCGCUCUAUCGGAAGGAGGGAAGUUACCCUCAAAGGCUGGACAUCAAACCCUGGAAAGCAUACAGAGACAUGAGAAACGAGGCGUACGGACUCCUCAUUCUAGAGGGAGAAGACUGGCAGAGGGUGAGGAGCGCGUUUCAGCACAAGCUCAUGAAGCCGACAGAGGUGGUGAAACUCGACGGGAAAAUAAAUCAAGUUAUGGUGGACUUCAUUGACAGAAUCGGACACAUUAACCACAACGGGAAGAUUGAGGACUUAUACUUCGAGCUGAACAAAUGGUCGUUUGAGACCAUUUGUCUUGUCCUCUACGAUAAAAGAUUUGGUCUGCUACAAGAGGAGGUCAAUGAGGAAGCCAUGAAUUUCAUCACAGCUGUGAAGACGAUGAUGAGCACAUUUGGCAUGAUGAUGGUCACACCGGUGGAGCUCCACAAGAGCCUUAACACCAAAACGUGGCAGGACCACACCGCGGCAUGGGACAGCAUUUUCAGCACAGCAAAAGUCUACAUCGACAAAAAGCUGAAAGGGAAUGCCAGCAGAGCCCCAGAUGACUUGAUAGGGGACAUCUUACACCAGAGUCGUCUCUCCAAAAAGGAGCUCUAUGCAGCCAUCACCGAGUUGCAGAUUGGAGGAGUUGAGACGACGGCCAACAGCAUGCUGUGGUUUAUUUUCAACCUGUCACGUAGCCCCAGGGCUCAGAAGAAGCUGCUGCAGGAGAUCAGAGACGUGGUGCCUCCCGACCAGGACCCCUGUGGGGAGCACAUAAAGAGCAUGCCCUACCUCAAGGCCUGCCUUAAGGAGUCUUUGAGAUUGUCACCGUCAAUCCCAUUCACCGGCAGGACCCUGGACAAAGACACUGUGUUGGGAGAUUAUGCCAUUCCCAAAGGGACCGUGUUGAUGAUCAACAGCCACGCGCUGAGCUCCAGUGAAGAGUACUUUGAUGACGGCAAGCAGUUCAAGCCUGAGCGCUGGCUGAGGAAGAGCAGCACCAUCAACCCAUUCGCCUACGUGCCCUUUGGGAUCGGGAAGAGGAUGUGCAUCGGCCGCAGGCUGGCCGAGCUGCAGCUGCAGCUGGCCAUGUGCUGGUUGAUCCGAGACUAUGAGAUCGUGCCAACAGAUGAUGAGCCGCUCGAAGGCUUUUGGUUCCCAAUAGAGAACUGCCAGUUGCCUUUGUCAAGAGAUGAGGAUCAUGUUCAACUCCUGUGAACAUAAUGAUGGAAAGAUGAAAUCUCUUUUUCCAUGCUCCUGAUGGUCCAGUGACUCCCUGUAUUGCUGCUCUGUACAUAAAAAGAGAAUGCUUGUAAUUUUACCAUGAAUACCUCAAAGUUAUUUAAAACUAACAUGUAUAACUGUUGAUAACUGACCAAAACACCAGUUGUGUACAAAUGGAACAUUGUACUGAGGCAGCUGUCUUCAAAUCUUCAAUCUCAAAUAUGUAGGAUGUAGACAAUGAGCUAUAACUUUAUACUGUUUCUCCUGUAUGAACUCGUGUAAAUACUGCAUUUGUGUAUUUUUCAAUGUGUAUAUAAAGUACAUUUACAAUUGUAUUGUAUUAAUGUAUAUUGUUUUAUGCAGAAAAAUAUUUUAUUCACUU